UUUGGUUGGAAAGCUUUAUUAAUUUGGUCUCAAAUAUAUCAUCAACUUCUAUUCAGGUGUCAUACUCCACCUCCAUGUCAAUGCAAUGGGAAUUUAAAAAAUCACCAGCUUCCGUCAUCUAUUCAUUCUCCAUCACCUAUGCCAUUGCCAUCACAUUUUCGAUCAUAUCAUGUUGGAGGGUGGAUAAUGUGAGGACAAAGGUGUGGGUGGCAUCUUGUGGGGUGCUCUCCACAGGUCUGGCAGUCCUGAGCGGUUUUGGUGCGCUGUUGUUGCUGGAUCAACCUUUCGUCAUGACAGUUGCCUCCUGUCCUUUCAUGAUAUUAGGUAUUGGACUGGAUGAUAUGUUUAUCAUGAUCUCUUGCUGGCAGAGGACCCGUGUUCUGGACAGCGUCCCCGCCCGGCUGGCCGACACCUACAAGGAUGCUGCCGUCUCUAUCUCCAUCACCUCCCUGACCGACGCUCUUGCUCUUUUACUUGGCUGCUGCUCGCCCUUUGGUUCAGUCCGGUCCUUCUGCCUGUACGCAGGGAUUUCUAUCUGCUUCUGCUAUCUGUACAGCAUCACCUUCCUGGGGGCGUGCAUGGCUUUGAACGGACAGAGAGAAGCAGAGAACAAGCACUGGUUCACCUGUGCCAAGAUCUCAGAAGACUUACCAUCCAGGAAUUCAAAAGUCCUUAGUAUAUGCUGUGUUGGGGGGAGCUACGAUCGAAUGACAGAGAAGGAGGAAACUGACCCAGUGAGUAACAUGUUUGAGCACUUCUACGGCCCAAUGCUGACCCACAAACUGAUGAAAGCUUGUGUAUUUGUAAUUUAUGCAGGCUAUCUGGCUGUAGGCAUUUAUGGUUGUUUUAUCUUAAAGGAAGGACUUGAUAUCAGGAAUCUGGCUUUGGAUGAUUCCUACAUCAUCGAUUACUACAACAAUCAAAGGCAGCACUUCUCUGAAUAUAGCUGUAACGUGAUGGUAGCAGUGAAGCGGCCCUUCCCAUACUGGGAUGAGGAUGAACAAAAGCAUCUGCUCUCAUGCAUUUCAGAUUUUGAGAGUUUGAACUUUGUCAGCGGCACUUUAGCUUGGUUUCUUCCCUUUCUACAAUAUGCAAACGCAUCCGAUCUCGAUGUAAGUUCUCAACAGGCUUUCCACACAUAUCUGCGACAUUUCUUAGAACUCCAGUCCAUGUUCAAACAAGACAUCAACUUCACUGCAGACAAUACGAUUCAGGCCUCUCGCUUUUUUAUUCAGACGCUCAACAAAGUCCCAACAAAGGACAUGAUGAUUGGACUCAGGAAAACAGCAGAGGAAUGUCCAGUAGAGCUACUGGUGUACCACCCUGCUUUCAUCUACUUUGACCAGUACGCUGUCAUUAUGGACAACACCAUUCAAACCAUCCUGGUGGCUGUGAUCGUGAUGCUGGUCGUCUCACUCGUCCUGAUACCCAAUCCUCUUUGUUCCCUGUGGGUGGCCUUUGCAAUUUGUUCAGUCAUUGUUGGUGUGACAGGGUUCAUGGCACUGUGGGGUGUAAACCUGGACUCCAUCUCUAUGAUCAACCUGCUGAUGUGCAUUGGUUUUUCUGUAGACUUCUCAGCACACAUUUCUUACUCUUUUGUCUCCAGCUCCCAGAGUGAUGUGAAUAAGAAAGCUAUGAAUGCAUUGGCCCAUCUAGGCUAUCCGAUACUGCAAGGAGCACUGUCAACUAUUUUAGGAGUGGCGGUGCUGUCCAUGUCUGGGAGUUACAUCUUUAGGACAUUCUUUAAGAUUGUGUUUCUUGUGAUUACAUUUGGGCUGCUCCACGGCUUAGUGUUCAUUCCAGUGUUUCUGACUCUGUUUGGAGCCUGUGGGAAUUGGUGUUAAAGUAGGGUUGUCCAGUUUAUAAAUGACAUUUCAAAGGCAAACUGAAAUUUGAAUUCUUCACUUUUUGUGUCAAGAAAUAUAAUCUACAAUGAUACUGCAGUUAUUUUUCAGAAGAUAAAAUAUUUGGACAUACUUGUGGAAAAAACAACCUGUUAUCUCUGCUACACCGACGAUUGUGAUUGGU